AAUGGUUUAGUCUGAUCGCACGCGAGAGGAAUCUCCGCGAGUUUGUAACAACAAACAACACAUUCUGGUUAUUCCGACAACAAACAAAUUGGAAAAAUCAUGAAGUCCAAAAAUGAAAUACUAAGUAAAUUUGAUUACAUGAAAGCGUAUAGCUAUAAUUUCAUAUUAACGGAAAAGACGAAUACUGAACUGGAACACCAACAAAACGUUGGUAGAAUAGACAAGUCGUUUUACAAAAUAUUUUCCUGGCAAAUCAUGGGCAAGCAGAAAGAACGACAAUUAAGCGAAAACCAAUCAAAAGAUGUUAUCAAAAAUGGUCAGAUUGUGUCAAACUCUGCAGAACCCCCGUCAAGCAAGAUUCAGCAACAGGAAAAUCACGUUUCAAUUUCGAAGACAGAUUACGGCGGCAGUUUCCCCAAAAGAUACGUAGCAAAAUGUUAUUUCAAGACGAAGACUGUUCCGACGUGGUAUACAGAGUCAUUGCUGAUAUAUGUUGGUUCAACUAAAAGAAGAUACGAAGAAAAAGUGCAUUUUAAGAAUAAAUUGCAACCAUACUAUUGGUCAGAAACGAUGACAACUCAAAUGAAAGAAGACAAAACUACACCUCCAGUAUUUCGAUCGGAAGCGUUUAUAACUAUGGAAAAAUCGAACUAUCAUUACAUCUCAUUAGAACCACAACAACAAAUUGUUGCUGCAGUUACUGUCACUGCAUAACACAUUCCCCCUAUCUGAAACAUUCCGUUUGAGUCUAAUGUCCUGUGUUAAUAUUAGUUAGUAAAUAUAAUUAAGAAAAUUAUUAAAAUGUAUUGACUAAAAUUCAGUAAUAAAUUUCUUUGAUUACGCCAGAACGACAAAUGUAAUUUUUUCCUUGAAGCAAUUCAAAAACCUACAGUAAAAAGCUGCUGUCCAUCUCUAAACAUUGUAACUAUUGAGCUAAUAUUAAAAAAAAAUACUUGCCACACUUGUUUUUUGAAUAUUAUUUAGAAUUUAGAAUUUUAAUGAUUCAUCUCCAUAACAGAUUACAAAUUUUGUGUAUCGACUUGAUAAAUUCUCAUUAAAGUUUUGUUAAUUUAAUGUUGAAUACUGUUAACCUUAUAAAAUAAUUUCGUAAAU